AUGGCCGAAAAUGAUCCAGAUGAACUGACAAAUAUACCUCGAAAAUUAUCUUUUAUUAGUUCAACUAGCGAAGAUCAAACAAAUGCUGCUAGUAAAAUGGGUAUCAUGUCGAUGAAUCCAUUAAAAAUUUCAUCAAAUGAAAAUGAAAAUGAAAAAUCUAUUCCAAAUGACACAAUACCAACAUUUCCAAUUGCUAAAAUUUAUAAAAAUUUAGUUUUACUUUCAUUAGCUUUUGUUCUCCUAUUUACAGCUUAUAAUGGUAUGGUUCUACUUCAAUCAAGUUUAAAUGUUAAAAAUAAUGUUGGAGUUAAUUCUCUUAUUAUAACUUAUGCAUUUUUAAUAUUUAGUUCGAUCGCUCUUACCGGUGUUUGCAUGGAUUUAUUUGGUCUUAAGUGGACUAUUAUACUCGGUGAAAUCGGUUAUAUAUUUUAUAUAGCAGCUAACAUAAAACCAUUACCUGUACUUAUGUAUAUCAGUAAGUAUGUUGAAGUAUUUUAUAACGAAGAUUCCUAA